AAAGAAUCCUAGCUGCUAUAUAUACUAUAUAUAGAAAGAAGUUACUGUUGUUUAUGUGACAAGUAGGAUAGUCAAACGAUCAUAAUCCUACCUAUCCAAAUCAUGUAUGUCACGUUUUACUUUCCGUCAAGACAAUUAGAAAAGUUAACAUUUUUGUAAUAAUUCAUCGGUUUGUCUAGUAUGUGCCCAUGGGCACAUGCUAAGCACGGAAAUUCAUAAAUUUGGUGUGUUUUGAUUGGUGUGGUUGGUGUGAAUGCAGGAGGUCAUCAUUAUUAAAUGGAUGUAAGCCAAUCAAAAUAAGAAAAAAGAUAUCAAAUUUUGUGCUUAUUGUGUGCCCAUUAUCAUACCAUAGAAAAAUCGAUAAUCCAUUAUUACAGCGGUACAUGUGAAUUCCCGAUAAAUCGAGUCAGCGAUAUUUUUAUUCUUAGUGUAAAUUUGAGAUUUGACCCCUUAUAUUUCUAGGGUUUUCGGAUUCUUCAACUAAAAUUCUCGCACUACUGAAAGGGCCAAUCGCAGUUAGUCUCGUGGAUAUAGGUAUAGAAUUCUGCAGGUGUGACUGUCAGUUUCGUAACAUGAGCUCUAAUCAAAUCAAUAACAGGGGUAGGAUGUUUAGAAGACAAGCGAAGAUUGUUAAUCCGAUUGACAGUGAUUGUCCUCGAUUGAAUAAUAACAACAACAAUUUGGUUGUAAGAAGAUUUCGUCGCUUUUUUAAGUGGUGCGGUCGGAAUGUAACGGUGAUUCCAAGGGUUCCAGUUCCGAGGAUUCGAAGGAUCAAGAAAUCAAAGCAUAAGUCCAGGCUUCCAGGAUUCUUUCACUCGCAACUCCGAAUGAUGAAAGGUAACACUAGUUCUCUUGUUCGGAAAAAGUCGAAAAAACAUGGGAGUUUAGAGAAAACCAAGUGUUUGAUUAAUUAUCAAGUGAGGAACAGGCUGCGUAUUCACGACUUACCUAAGGAACUACUAGCAGAAAUUCUUGUUAGACUGCCUGUUAAAGAUAUCUUGCGUUGUAGGUCCGUAAAAAAAUCAUGGAAUUAUUUGGUAAUAUCUCCUGUGUUUAUCAGCCUCCAAUUGAAUUAUCAGAAGCAAAUUGCUACCGGCAACUAUAAUCAUCAUUAUCCUAAAUAUCUUUUAUUUCACGAGGAUGAUAGUUUACGUUUAACAGUACGUGUUGAUGACUUGCAAUGUGAAGAGUAUUGCAAACUUAAAUUUCUUCCUGGUUUGCCUAAUGAUGAUGUUAAUGUCUGGUUUGCUCUAUCUUAUGGUUUAAUCUGCAUGUCAACCAUACUUUUCACUAGUUGCGAUCGUAUGCGCAACGUUUAUCUAUGGAAUCCUCUCAUUAAGAAAUACAAAACUCUUCCCAAAUCCCCUCUUCCCUCUACAAAAACCCGUCACGCUUGGGAGGCUUUAGCUUUUGGCUUUUUACCUGAAGUCGAUGAUUAUGUUGUGAUACAUAUUAUCAAACCUGGCUUGCCCCCACACCCCCACUCAGUCAUCAUUGGUGUUUAUAGUCUAAAAACUAAUUCUUGGAAGAAAUAAAGUCAAGAGAGUGUAUUUAUUUCGACAAUCAUCAGUGAUCCUGACAAUGUUGUUUUCAUUAAUGGGGUUGCAUUUUGGGUAGGGGUUAAUUUGGAUAAGCAAAGAACACUUUUGUGCUUUGAUACCAAGACUGAUAUACUCUGUGCAAUCUCAUUGCCAGACUGGGUUGCAUAUCUGCCACUUGUUCCUGUCAUUCAUCAGUUUGGUCAAUCUAUGGCUUACUUCGUUUGGGAUGAGGUAAAUUAUUUUGACAUGUGGGUAUUGAAACAUGAUCAUAUAAAUGAGUUUACGUGGGAGAAGAAGAUGUGUGUCACUCCAAGUAUACAUGUUGAGGAGGAAGUCUUGGGUGUAAGGAACAACGGUGAUCCAAUACUUGCAAAAUCUAAUAAUUUGAUUUCAUAUAGUCUUGAGAGCCAUCAAGCAAAUGGUUUUGUUAAUUCAUGGGAUCGUUGGACUCCCAAUUCCCCGUACAAUGUAGGCAAGAGACCACCUUAUGUCAUUAGGCCUUUUGUGGAGAGUUUGGUUUUGCUUAAUGAUUGAUAAAAUUGAAAAAAUUAUCAAGUCUGAAGCCUUGCUACUCCUAAAACUGAGCUAUCAGUUUAUGAUUUUUGUGGAUUUUAUUUUUUGCUUAAUAAAAUUCAUAGCAAUUGAUUUAUGAAUAUAUCUGAUCAUGAUUUUUUGUUUAAUAAUUACUCUCGUUAUAUAUGGUGGCAACAAAGAUUGAUAUACCAAGUCAAAUCUAAUUUCUCAAUCUGGUUGCAUUUUUGCCACAUGUUCUUAUUAUUUAUCUAUUUGGUCAAUCCAUUGCUUACUUUGUUUGGGAAAGGGGACUAAUUUAUUUUGACCCGUGGCUGCGAAAGAGUUAUGGGGGAAUGAAGAUGUCAAUUAGCCAAGUAAAGAUGUUAGGGAGGAAUGCUUGGGUGUAAGGAACAAUGGUAAACCACUACUUGCAAAAUUCAAUAAUUCGAUUUCAUAUAAUCUUGAAUGUCUUCAAAGAAAUGAUUUUGGUGAUUCUUGAAAUGGCUAGGCUCCUAAUUCUCCUUACGAGGAAGGCUAUUUACCACCUCAUGUCUUUGUCCUUUUGUGGAGAAUCAGAUUUUGCAUAAUAUUGAUUUAUUUAUUUGUUAUUUUUAUCUUUUUUGAAAAGAUAACUUAAAUUUUAACAAACAAAAUGAAUUUUUUUUUUUAUUUUUCUGCUAUUUUCAUCUUUAUGAAAAUAAUAAUAACUGAAUAAUAAUUAUUAUUAUGGUUAAAAUCUAAAAAGGAAUGAGUAGCGGUGGACAGAGGAUUCACACAAGAAGACCAGUGAAAGACCAAUGUUGUAUACUUUAGUUUUUGAUUUGAAUAAUUUCUGAUCCUUGAAGACUUGAAGUAUAUCAGUUGUAAUAUAUUAUUUAUGUUUCUGGCUAGUGUUUGUCUUGCUAAUGGUACAUAUAUUAAUGGCUCAACAUAUCUGCUGGAUCUUGAGUUAUAAAAAAGACAUCCUAUAACUCCAGAUCUUGAAUUAGAAUACUCUGAUGGUGAGAUUUGCGCGACUACAGGGCAGUCAGAAAAGGCCAUGAAUGUGAUUGGUAUAAUUUUCUAAUGUAUUGUAUCUGCAGGGGACGAGGACAGUGUGUGUGACCGGAGCAUCAGGGUACAUUGGCAUUACUGGCUUAUAUAUUGAUAUAAAAAUGCAGGUGUUCCUAAGCUAAAUCAGGGUAUCUUGUGGCUGUAUCAGGCUAUCAGCAACAAACUGGCAAUGCCAUAACUUCAACCAUGGAUGAUUCUUUUUUUGCUGUGCUUGGCCUUUUUCCUAAGACAUCCAACGAAAGCACAUUACAUGAUGUAGAUGGAGUCAUCUUGUUAUUUAAAGCAGAAGCUCCUGUUCUUGUUGCGACCUGGUUUGUAAGGAAGGUAACCAAAUGUCUAGCAGUAGGAGUUGGACUUGUGGGCUACAUGAGAAACAAGGUAUAUAUGGCUUUUAAGUAGAUUCAACUUAUGUGAUUUGUUCUUUGAAAACGCCUUUGGUACACAUUUUUUAUUAUUUGGUUUUAAAACCGAAACAGCACCAUUUCAAACUGAAACCGAAUCAAGAAAACCGAACUGCACCAAUAUUAUUUGGUUUGGUUUUGCUUUUUGAUUUUAGAAACCGAAUUAAUAUGGUUACAGUGCGGUUUUUGGUUCAAACCGCACCAAACCAAACCACGCUCAUCCCUAGCCACCGCUGCUGAAUAUCCGCCGUCGACAGAGCCAUCCCGAGUCCUGGAAUUUCACUCUGCUGACCGAUGGAAACUCCACUUCAACUCUGCCAAACAAUCUCCUAAAAUGGUAUGAUCUCUUGCACAAUGCGCAUCUUAAUGUAGAAGGGUUGGAUGAACUCUUCAAAGUUGCUCAGUUACUUGCAGACUGUGUUAUUCCCAAUGAGUGGUAUUAAUCCAAAGCAGAAACUGAAGAUUGGCUCAAAGAUUGCUUGACGCUUGCUUGGUAAAAUAUUGAUUGAUCUGAGGAACACUGGUGAGGAAGCAAUCAGUGUUGCUGAACUAAAGAGUAAUCAGGAGCAAGAAUCAACUAUAAAUACCACCUUCACAGAACCAACACCAGUGAAGACUGAGAAAGAGUCAGCAGUCCACAAGACAAUGAAAGAAGAACAGGAUCAUCAACGAAUAUCUCAUAGUAAAAUGGAGGACACCUGGAGGAACAGCUUCACAAGUGACAUGUCGAUGGUUCAGGAGGAGGAUGAUGGCAAAGAGAUCAAAUACCGGUUGGAUCCAAAGAAUCACAUAUUCACUCUUUGAUGAAUGUUCUUCGCUACUGUAACUUGGAUGAAUCACUUCAAGGAGAGGAUAGCAUGUUCUGUGAUAAUGCUUUGGAACGGUUGUUUAAAACAGAGGAGCUUGACUACAUGAGUUAUGUUGUUUUGAGAAUGUUUGUAAACACGGAGGUAGGUGCAUCUUCCAUUUUAUAUAGUUUGCAUCGGAAGCUUGGUUAUAUGUUUCUAGGGUUGCUAGUAUCAGUGUGAAUCAUCACUUCACAUCCUCCCUUUCACAUAUGCCUUAAAUCCUCACUUCCUGUUACUAGGAGAAAGAGGGGAGACUACUAUGCUACAGUCCCCAGGGAUUUGAUAUAUAAUUUGUUGCCCUCCUCUGGCAAUAUACUGUAUUACUGUUAAUCAUGUUGUAGCAUGUGCAGAUUUGCUUUCUGCCUGUGUAGUUUUCACUUCACUUUUCAGAAGCUACAGUCACCAUUCCCAUAUAAAUCAACCUGCUAGUUAGACACUUUGUCUAGUAAAACAAGGAUUCCUUGCUGAAGCUAUUUUGCUCAUAACAUCGUACAACUUUCUUUUGAAUAACCUUUUCAGAACUAAAUACACGGUUUUGCAAUCCAAUAUCUUGUUCUCUACUAGAUUGUAUCUAGUAUUUACAUAAUAAAGCUUCAUCUAUGUGCAAUAAUCAUUCCUGUUAAUUUCUGUUGUCCUGCUCUGUGUAAGAUUUCUGAUCUCUGAAUAUUGUAUUACCAAUGCUGCAAAGCAUACUAUAUUCAUCACUUUAAUGUGCUUUUGAACCUUGCUAGUUGAGCAAUCAUUUUCAGCACUGGCCUUAAUUUGUAAAUUAAGUGUCUACUAAAUACACCUCAAGAUGAUUUCUCUA